GACUUGCCCAACAUGCUCAAUAGGCAAUGACAUCAAAGGUCAGCAUUACUACACUGUAGUUGUAGUUAUAGUUACCGAUGCGGAUGCGGAAAGGGAUCUAUGCAAGUGCCACCGUUACAUCCCCACGCUAUACCAACCAUUAUUCACCCCUAAUGUGAAGGAAGAGACCACAAUGAUUCCCAUUCCAUUAUUCUCUGUGAGUAAGACACAAAACGCCAGUGUCGUGACAUCACUGGGAAACACAUCAAUGAGUACAUCAAAGGCGUUCCAAGAAUAACCACCUCGUACCCAUUUGUUGCAGUCCACACAACCAUCAGACCUCUUCUUAGCCUGCCUCAACAUAUCAUCUCUCCGGAGAAAUCAGGAGCACAAUCUGCCGACUUUUCGCUUCAUUCAACACCCUUACCCGCUAAGAAGCAAUAAAUGGACCCCUGCGAAAACUGCGGUGGCGAGGACCAUCGCUCUGAUGCAUGCCCCGUACCCCGCUGCUACACCUGCCUGAAGCUCGGCCAUAUCGCGCGCGUCUGUCCCGAUCAGAUCUGUCGCAACUGCCACCAGCGCGGCCAUGAGGCGCGCGAUUGCAAGGAUAUGAAGCCAUGAGGAUGAGGAUGAUGUGCAUUUGAGAGGGAGUUCCGGGUGCACCUCAUACUUGGGUGCGUUGGGUGGGUUUACACUCUGAGUUGGGAAUAUUGAGUUGGGCGUACUUGGACAUUCCAGGUUGUGACAUGAUACUUUGGGUAUAUCGAUCUCUUCUUCGAUAAGUUGCAAAUUGGUUGAGACGGGUCGAAGCUGGGUACAUGGCGGGGACCUUGUGGUAGCUGCUCAACAUAUCGUGAGCAGGGAUUCUGAUAACCGGAGAGGAAUCAGUGUAAAUGGAAAUAGUCGCUUGUGCUCCCUACCCUCUCUUCCCAAUGAAUGUAUGUACAGCCCUCUGGCCAAUUCAUGCGGCAAGCCGGG